AGAGAGGAAACAAAGGACAGUUCAAGAUACCGUAUAAGCUUCAACGGACUCCUCGAUAUCACGGACAGUAAAAUUCAUCUGGACGCCACAACAAAUAGGAACGCUUCAUGGUAUGGCAGAGUUUUUGUAAUCCGGAAGCUUUUCACCAUAGACAGUUCUUUGAUGAAAACUCUAAACAAUGGACACCUCUGCAGCAGGGACACUCACGAUAAUACAGACAAAUCAGUAGCAAGGACACCUGCAUAACACAGACACACGAGAAAGAAUGCCUCAAACAAAGGUUGGAUGUCUUACGUUUUGAACCAGUUCCUUUGUUUUCAGCAAAAUCUGGAAGAAAAAGAACAGAAAUGGAAAUUACGCAUGGAAACUUUCGUUUAAAGGUCAGCACAUUCGCUACGUAACAAGAUGCUUCCUCGCCCCUGGCCUUAAAAGAAACUGUCGCUGACGCGCAGAGCGCUCGGCUAUCUUCGUCGGAUAGUCAUCGGUAAACCGACAACACCACCUUUUUCGCGCCAAAACUGUGCUCCCUGCCCUAGCAGGCAUUGAGCCACAGACGUCUUAAGUAGAGUCAAAUUAUAAAAAAAAAUUGUGGUUUUUACAAAACAAAGGUUUUGCGCCGUUGUUUACAAUUAGCCAGGUCUCCCAUGUCUUCAUUUACAUGUAAACAGGACACGCUAGAACGAAGAAAUACAACGGCGAGUUCCAAGUGUGUCACAGGCAUUAAUUACCAAAAAAUGAGCGAUCCGUUGCAGCAAUUAACACAUUUGAGAAACUGAAAAAAAGGGGAGAUUUGUACCUUUUUGUGUAGUCAAUUCAAAACAAUUAUAGAAUUCUUUACAGCGGUGCCUUACUUAACGUGACAAUAAUGGAAUUUAGCAAAGUUCUUUGAACUGUAAUUAAACUUUAAUUAAGUCGGAGGACGAACAUUGGUCGAGAUUUACGAGUUAAUAAAACCGGGAUUAAUGAUUAAACUAAAGACGGAAUGAUUAAUUUCCCAAAUCGUUACCAAGGGCAAUGUUGAGAAGUCAUUGAGUUUUGAAAGCGAAGUGUUGAAGAAGGCAUUUGUGCAAACAAAAUAUUUGACUAAAGGAAGGCACAAGUCGACUUCUAAGUUUUCAAAACAGAACGGGAAUCUCGUCUCGGCGGCGACAUACUGUGAAGUUACUAUGCUACAGCGAAGUUGUACGUCCAUAGCUGAAGAAUCCGAGAGUGAAACCCGAACAGCAGGAGGCAAGAUCAGUGGGAAAGCUCCACCUUCAACUUCUAAAGGGACGACGGACGAGAGAAGUAGUAAAACAGACAAUAGUGAGUCAUCAAGCCGACUCUUAUCACCCAAGAACGCCCGACUGUCAGCUUCGGCUUUGACCGAAGACGAAUCGGGAAGCGAUCGGUUUUCGAUAUCAGAUGACGAUGAUACCUCGGCGGACGAGGAAGACAGCAAGACUGUCGACAAAGACAGGCGUUCCGCAAAUAAACAAAACAACAACAAUAAUAAUAUUCAGGCCACGUCUAAACAAGAAGAGGAAAUGCUGAAAAACUCAAAACUGACACCGGAUCAAAUUCGUGAAAUCAAGGAAGCUUUUCAUGUGUUUGACAACAAUGGCGACGGUUGUAUUACAGCCACAGAGCUGAAAAAAUUGGUCACGUCACUGGGAUACAACAUAACAGAGGCUGAACUUAUGGACAUGAUGAAUCAGAUUGAUUCUGACGGUAAUGGUGCCAUCGAUUUUCCCGAAUUCCUUGCACUGAUGACAAAAAACUUGGAAGAUUGUGAUCCUGAAGACAUUUUACAGGAAUCGUUCAAAGUUUUCGACAGAGAUGGCAGUGGUUUUAUAGGAGUCUCCGAACUCGACCGAGUCUUCAAGCUGCUCGGCCAAGAAUUUAAAGAUUACGAGAUCGAGGCUAUGAUAAAAGCCGCUGACGCCGAUGGUGAUGGACUCGUGGGCUACGACGAUUUUAUGAAGAUGAUGAACGUUUGAAUAGAUUGGGUUCACCGUUAAUUUCUCCUUACAAGUUCGAUAUAGCGUCAAGCAAAAACGUGAUGAGAAAGUUGAAGUUUAUCAGACUGAGACGUUUUGAUGUAGUUUGAGAUUCUCAAAACUAGAAUGGUAAGAAAUGUAUGAUAGUCGAGCGAAGCAGGCACUAGAAUUCCUUGUUUUCAUCAGCAAACAGUACUGCAAGAAAUCAGUCGCAGGCUAGGCUCAAUUUUCAAAACAUGGGAAUUUUUAUGACUCAAUCUUAGUUUGAAAAAUAGCCUCCUUAGCAAAACAAGAUCUUGAAUAUGUCUUAGAUUAAAUAUCCCAUACAAACACUGUCAUAUUAGUUCUGUCUGACUAGCACCACAAGAUCGCCGUGAAGUAUUCGUAACAACGUCCUUCGAAAAAAUAUCAAGUAAAAUCGCCUAAAUGUUUCCGAAAAUUCUCAAAAAUGUUCCUAAAUGUCUCGAAAAACCAUCGAAAUAGCUCUUAUUUUGUUUUAAAAAUAAAUCGAUUUUGAAUCACUGAGGCCAAAAUUUUCUUGCAGUAGUAGGAGGAAGCGUCAGGCGAUUCGAUGUUACCAGCAUCCGCCAUUUUGGAAAAUUGCGGCUUUAGCGCUGUUAGUGAUAUUGAAUACAUUUUUUCAAGGGGAGAAUCGCUGAAAUGGUUUGUUUCUGGCAUAGAACUGGAAAACACAGGCAAAAAUGCUAUAAAUAUUCCUAAAUUUUCUAAAUAUCUUUACAUUUUCUAAAUAUCUCGGAAAAUAAAUUAUCCCAAAAAUAUCCGGGUAUUUGUGGAAGGGCCUACCCAGCCCACUCUAACAGAAAACUCCUUCCACAUUUGAAAGCCAACCUCGAUGCCACGCUCUCUCCCUAGCCUCCCUUGUCGUUGAGGACGCAAAGGAGAGACAGAGAGAGCCUAGGAUCAAGGUUGGACUUUUACUGAAAAAUUUAAUGACGUCUUUCAAUGCAAAUGAGGUCACAGCCAAUGGAAAUGCUCGAAAUCAUUUGAACUUUAAGCGGUAUACUAUCACGUGUGGCAUUCCGAGGUUUUCCCGCCAAAAUGAAACGCUUCUCGCUUUACGCCCCACCAGCAUGUCUCAGUUUCAAAGUAGUUUAAGAAACCACGACGGCGAUGCCGAGGACAACGUCGAUUAAAAAAUGAAUUUAUAUUUUAUCUACGAAUCUUGAGAUAAUCUUAAGUCAUUUGUUUUGUUUCUCACUGUCAGAACUAGCACGAACUGAACUAAAUCUGAAACCCAGCGAUAAAUUUGAAAUGGAAAUUUAAAAAAAAUUGGCCGUCGUUGUUCACGUUCUC